GAGCCAACUGUAAACAAAUCUCACUGACCUCGAUUAAGUUUUGAAAAGGCAAAUAAGUACUUGUUUAGAUAGGUACCUACCAUUGGGAGUGGGUCAUCUUAAUUUUUAUGAUGUGGUCUUCUAUGAAAACUAUACUCGAACGGCAAACGAAUAAAGCAGAUGAAACUCAACCGCAGAUCGGUGGAGGCGAAGGUCUGGCGGAGCCCCCAGUGCCAACUGAGCAGAACGUUACAAUUCCACCUGUUGACAAACCAGUAGAUGCACCUGUAGAUAAAACUGAAGAGAAACCAGUAGAAAGUCCAGUUGAAGUCAAAACGGCAGAUAAUCCCGCUCCUGCUGCUGAAACCAAGCCUGUUGAAAAUAAUGUAGAGGCAGAUGUAAAGACCAACUGGCAAGAAAGAGAGGCUGAACUUCUGAAAAAAAUAGACGACCUUGAAAAUGUAAAGAAUCAGGCUGGCAUAGAGAAGUUGAAGCUUGAAUUGAAGGUACGCACAGACGAGGUGCAACUCCUGAAGGCUCGCGUGGCUCAGCUCGAGACGGAGCUGCAGGCCGCCAUCAGCAAGCCGGGGAGUAAGAACCACGAGGUCAUUGAGGCCAUCAAAGCGCAACAUGAGGAGCUACUAAACAAAGCAAAAGGCAUGAUUUUUGACAAGAGCAAAAUGGUGAAGAACCAGGAACUGCAAAUAGAAGCUCUCAACACGCAAGUCCAGUCGCUGAAGGACAUCAACAUGAUCACUAAGGACUUGUUGGAAAUGAGGAACUCGGAGGUCAAAGCUAUGGAGGAUCGAUUCCAAGCUAUGGACGCGCGAUUCAAGGCUGAAAAGGACCGAUACUCAUUAGUGCUGAAGAAAGCUGAAACCAGCACUGGCCUUAAUGAUGACCUGAAAAAAGAAUACAUGACACAACUUGGGUUGUUCAAGGAACUAAGAGAAAAAUACGACGAGCGAGUGAAAGCUCUUGUGGCUGAAAAUGAAAAGCUGAAAGAAGAAAUAAAAGCUGAUUUAAUUUCACUUGAAUUGAUCGAGAAAAGUUGAGAAUUGCAAUUUCCAUUUGCCACUAAUGAGUUUAAAAUUAUGCAAAAGUUUAGAAAGACUGUUGUUUAAUAAUAUUAUACUGAUCUAUUACUUAUUAUUAUGUAAGUUUGAUAUUAUUUUAUUGUAAGUAUACUUAUUUUCUUUUAUAUUGUAUUAUAAUUAUAUCUUCAACUCUAAAGAAUACAUUUAUAAAAAUUAAAA